AUGAGGGAAAUCAUAAGCAUUCAUAUCGGACAGGCUGGGAUCCAAGUCGGAAAUUCGUGUUGGGAGCUUUACUGCCUCGAACAUGGGAUCCAGCCCGACGGCAUGAUGCCGAGUGAUACCACGGUUGGUGUUGCACACGAUGCGUUCAACACUUUCUUCAGCGAGACUGGUGCUGGGAAACAUGUCCCUAGAGCCGUCUUCGUUGAUCUUGAGCCUACUGUCAUCGACGAAGUCCGUACCGGAACUUACAGGCAGCUUUUCCAUCCUGAGCAGCUUAUCUCGGGCAAAGAAGAUGCUGCUAACAACUUCGCCAGAGGCCAUUACACUGUUGGAAAGGAGAUUGUGGACCUUUGCCUUGACCGUGUGAGGAAACUUGCCGACAACUGUACUGGCUUGCAAGGAUUUCUGGUGUUUAAUGCCGUUGGUGGUGGAACUGGUUCUGGUCUGGGAUCUCUGUUGCUAGAACGUUUGUCUGUAGACUAUGGAAAAAAAUCAAAGCUUGGAUUCACCAUAUACCCGUCUCCUCAGGUUUCUACUGCUGUUGUAGAGCCAUACAACAGUGUUCUUUCAACGCAUUCCCUACUUGAACACACCGAUGUAGCUGUCCUCUUGGAUAAUGAAGCCAUCUAUGACAUUUGCCGGAGAUCACUAGAUAUCGAGAGGCCUACCUACACGAACCUAAACAGGUUGAUAUCCCAGAUCAUAUCAUCAUUGACUACAUCGUUGAGGUUUGAUGGAGCCAUCAAUGUGGAUAUCACUGAGUUUCAGACCAAUCUUGUCCCGUAUCCACGUAUCCAUUUCAUGCUCUCGUCAUACGCUCCAGUCAUCUCAGCUGCAAAGGCUUACCACGAACAGUUAUCGGUCCCUGAGAUCACUAAUGCCGUCUUCGAGCCAGCUAGCAUGAUGGCCAAGUGUGACCCAAGGCACGGGAAAUACAUGGCCUGUUGUUUGAUGUACCGUGGAGAUGUUGUUCCUAAAGAUGUUAAUGCUGCUGUUGGUACUAUCAAGACAAAGAGGACUGUUCAGUUCGUCGACUGGUGCCCAACUGGGUUCAAAUGUGGAAUCAACUACCAACCUCCAACAGUUGUUCCAGGAGGCGAUCUCGCUAAGGUCCAGAGAGCGGUGUGCAUGAUCAGCAACAACACAGCCGUUGCAGAGGUGUUUUCACGGAUCGACCACAAGUUUGAUCUUAUGUACGCGAAGAGGGCGUUUGUGCACUGGUACGUCGGUGAAGGAAUGGAGGAAGGUGAGUUCUCUGAGGCACGUGAAGACUUGGCCGCACUGGAGAAAGAUUAUGAAGAAGUGGGUGCCGAAGGUGGAGACGACGAGGAAGAUGAAGGUGAAGACUAUUGA